AUGCAGAGGAACAACUGGACUAACUUGGCAGAGGGCGACGACGGAGGAGGCCGUGUCUCUCACCGCCUCGGUGGUCUGAUGGCGCAGGAGGCAGGGCCGACUACAGAAAUUUCCUUUGUGAUUUACUUCUUUCCAAACUUCUUCACAGUGGAAGACUCGGUGGGUCGUUCUUCGGAAGCCCUCUCCGGUCGCAGGAGCAUAUCAAUCGUAAAAUGCAAACUCUACCUUUGGUUUACUCUGCUUCUUCAGGGGAUCUGUGGCGUGGAGCCAGGGCUCGGAUACGAUGGCGUGUCCUACACCCUCUCCAUCCUUUGCUUGGCGCACAUGCUGGUCCUUGGGUUCAACAACCGGGACACCCUGCUGGCCUGGGAUGCCCGCAUCCGCUACAGCUUGGGAGAAGUCCACAGGUUUAGCGUCAACGUUGAGCCAGGUACUAAACUGGAAAGCGGUCCUGCAUCACUCCACCUGUGCAACAACUUGCUGGUCCUCACCAGAGGCCUCCCUCCCGUCGUCGUUGGCCACUGGAAGUUGUCGGCGUUACGUCGCUACGGUGCUGUGCCAAAUGGCUUCGUGUUCGAGGGAGGGACUCGGUGUGGAUACUGGGCUGGUGUUUUCUUCUUGUCCUGUUCAGAAGGAGAGCAGAUCAGUUUUCUAUUCGACUGCAUCGUCAGGGGCAUCAACCCCAGCAGGGCACCACAUGGCCUGCAACCUGACCUGCCAGCAGAUCCCAGUGCCGAUCCAGCUUCAGCAGAGGAACGGAUCAACCUCGAGGCAUCAGUGCUGGAGAAAAGACUGAGCAUGUUGUCUCAGUGCAGCUUAGCAAGCAGCACAGCCUCCUCUUACAGCUGCAGUACGUCUGUUGCUGGAGACGACCACAGCAGUAUUUCCAGCUCUUCCUCCAGUCAAUCAGAUGUGAGCUAUGGAAGCAGACUUCCAGUGUGGGCGGAGCCAUUAGGCAGACUGCACCUCUCCAGUGAGACAGCUUCAAAAAUGAUAGCGGAGGCCUUCAGACAGUGUCCUAAAAAUGUGUUUCCAGACUCUCCUCUCUGUAUCAGGGAGGAACAGCACGACAGCAGUGACAUCAGUUCUAAGCUUGCAAAUCUGAAGAAACUGUUGCCAUCUCUGCUCUUGCAUGCCCCUCCACCACCUCCUGUCCCACCGAGCAUGCACAGACCAACAUCAGCUUGUGGCAUGUUCAGGUUUUCCCACGAGGCUCCUCCGCCUGCAUCCCUGGACUGCGGGCCUUGUAGUAACAGCAGUACUAAUUAUGUCAACAUCCCCGUUAGCCCUCUGCUGUAUAAAACUAGAGAGCUACUCUACACAGAGCUGGAGCUGCAGAAACCCAGCUCGGCUCCGGCCUCCAGUCCGGGCAGUGCUGAGAGAGGUAAUGCAGUGCAGCUCUGCAGACUCAGUAAGAACAUUGCACCUCAAACAGUUUUAGAUAACUAUUUAUCUUCUCCUGCUGCUGCUUUCUUUUUUGGUUUUAUAUAUGCCAAGUGAAUAGCUUCAAAUCCCAUUUUGAGUGCAAUAUCUCCACUGUUAUAAUGCAUGGCAUGUUUGAGACGUUGUUAGAAUAUAGAACAGCAAGCAAAGCUGGGGCAAACAGCUAUGAAACAGAUGGUUGAUUUGUUG